CUUUUCUCUCUCUCUCUAUAUAUAUAAAUGCCCACGCAGAUCCUACGUCCCACUCCCUUGUCUCUAUUCAUUUCCGUUUCUUCUUCUUCUUCUUCUUCUUCUUCCGCGAACUGAAUAUCCAGAUACCAACCCAGCUUUUCAAUAUUUCUUUUAUCUCGCUGCUGAAUUUGGUUUGAAGCUGGAUCCCUCAGUUUUCACUAGUCUUCCUUGAUCAUACCUCCAUAAAAGCUUUGAUAGCAUGUAAAUCUGCCCUUCUUUUGGUUCUAGCCUAACCCCUGGCUCGCUUCAGUCCUCACAUCCCUUAGCAAUACAUUCAUAAAAGCCUAAACAGCAUGUAAUUGUAUUCCCUCUUCUCCAAAAAAACCCAACAAAAACAAAAAAAGUUUUACUGUCAUCCGAUUUCUUUAAGUUCAUUAUUAUGUUGAGUCGUUGAUUAUCUGUAUUCUCUAGUGUUACCUAUCCUGGCCAAGAUUCAAACCCUCGUGUAGCCACACCUUUAUAAAAAUUACUCAAUCAUGUAAUUUAUAUCCUUCUCGUUAAUCACCAGCGUCCAAUCAAAACCAAAAAAAAAAAAAAAAAAAAAAAAUUAUUUUUAUUUUUAUCAAGGUAGGUUGUGUUAGUUCCAAGAAAAAAAAAAAAAAAAAAACAGAGAAAAAUGCCGGAAUCAGAGGCUGGUACCCCACCGGUGUCGGCUCCGGCGACGCCCGGGACCCCAGCUCCGCUUUUUACAUCUCUUCGAGUGGACUCGCUAUCAUACGAUCGCAAUUCAAUGCCGCGAUGCAAGUGCUUGCCUGUUAAUGCGCCAACUUGGGGGCAACCACACACCUGCUUCACCGACUUCGCAGCACCCGAUGUCUCUCUCACUCGGAAGCUUGGAGCAGAGUUUGUGGGAACAUUCAUCCUGAUAUUUAUGGCUACAGCCGGACCAAUUGUGAACCAAAAAUACAACGGAGCGGAGACACUGAUAGGGAAUGCAGCAUGUGCAGGGCUGGCAGUGAUGGUCGUGAUUCUGUCGACGGGUCACAUAUCGGGAGCACACCUAAACCCAUCCCUCACCAUUGCGUUUGCUACACUGCGCCACUUCCCUUGGCUCCAGGUUCCAGCCUACAUCGCAGCACAGGUUUCAGGAUCUAUUUGUGCUUCUUUCGCUCUCAAGGGUGUUUUUCAUCCCUACAUGUCCGGUGGAGUUACGGUUCCUUCUGUAACCACUGGCCAGGCUUUCGCACUCGAGUUCAUUAUCACUUUUAAUCUCCUUUUUGUUGUCACUGCUGUCGCCACCGAUACCCGAGCUGUGGGAGAGUUGGCGGGUAUAGCAGUUGGAGCUACCGUUUUGCUCAACAUUCUUGUGGCUGGGCCAACAACCGGUGGUUCAAUGAAUCCCGUGCGUACACUGGGGCCGGCAGUUGCAGCAGGCAACUAUAAGUCAUUGUGGAUAUACCUGGUGGCGCCCACACUUGGGGCCCUCACCGGUGCAGGUACCUAUACAGCCGUGAAGCUCCGAGAAGACGAGGUUGAAGCACCGCGGCAGGUCAGGAGCUUCCGUCGCUAGGGGGACGCGCGAAAGGCCUAAUAGUCCCUGCCCUUAGUAGUUUGGACUUUAGUUGUAUGAUGUGAUAGAUUGAAAAAGUAAUAUAAUAAUUAGAAGAAUAAAAAAGGUGUGGAGGAGAUGUGAGGAUGUGACCGAAAGUCUACGCCCUAAAAAUUAAUUUGAGGAGUUGUAUAAAGUAUGCUACCUUUCCUUUGUAUGGUGUGUUGUCAUCUCACGGGGGUGUUUCUCCUUUUGGAUGGAAGUCUCCCUGAUGUUAAAUAUAAGCGCUUUGUAUUGCGGGGUCCUUCGAGAGGAAACCAAGCAGCUUGUAAUGAUGUGUGUAGUGUGUAGUGUGACCUUUGCUUUAUCAAAGAUAUUGAUGUGUGUAGUGUGUUUGUAAACUUUGCUAAUCAAUCAAAGUGCAUGAUGAGCACGAAUGGCUUGUUUUAUU